AUGGAACUUGUGAGGAAUUAUUUUGAGUCACUGAAUAUAGCUGACUGGAAGCUGGGUUUUUUGGAUAGCAGACACCUCAUCAUCCAGCUGACAAAGAAGGAAGAUUAUGCUAGAAUAUUUGCCAAACAAUCAAUAAUCAUUGCAGGAGCUGAAAUGAAAAACCUAAAAUGGACCCCUGAGUAUGACCCUUCUCAGAAGCCCCCUAUUGUGCCAAUUUGGUUCAAACUAUUAAAACUGCCUUUGCAUCUCUUCAAACUAAAUGCAUUAUUCAACAUUGGUUGCACAUUAGAAACACCUUUGAAGGUGGAUGCUAUUACAUACAAUAAAGCAAGGCCAGUUAUUGCCAGAAUUUUGGUGGAGAGGGAUGUAACUCUACCUGAUGUCAAGAGGAUCUGGAUUGAAAACUCAUUGAAGGGUUUUUGGCAAGAGGUUGUCAUGGAGCAAAGACCUCAUUACUAUCCUCAUUGUAAGAUGUUUGGACAUACUAAGGAGAAAUGCUACAGGCUUCACCCACCUAACAGUAGGAGAACAACAUACGCACAACCAGAACCAAACACUGAACACACUCAUCUACUGAGAGAUAACAACAAAGAAGAUAAUCUUCAGAACUCCAUGGUGGUUAGGACUGCUAACACAAACAUCCCAACUAUUAAUCAAAGCACUCCCCAUGCUCAGCCAGUUGUGACCUCACUUGAUAAGAAGGGGGAAACAGUGGGUGAGAUUGUGGAGACAGGAAACACUGAGAAUGAGACCACUUCAGUGAAAGCCAUUUUAAGGGAUUCAACAAAGGCAGCAAAGACCACAAGGGAGCAGGAGGCCAGAGAGGAGGUGGCAUCCCCUACAGAACAUAGAGUCACAGAACUAAACAAAGAAUUGGAAUCAAAAUGGAAAAUUCAAAAAACAAGGAAGAAAAGAAGCUCUAAAAAAGAAGAACUGAAAAAAGGAAAGGAAAAGGAAUUAGUCUUAAUGGAAGAUCAUAGUACCCAAAGAAGAGGAAGCAAACUAAGGGGAAGGACUAGAUCUAGAUCCCAACCCUCCAUCUACCCACCCUCCCCAUGA